CGGAGCCACUUCCGGGUCACGGGGCCGGAGGUAGAGAGCAAGAUGGUCAAUCUGCGGCCGCGGAGGGGUCGUAGCACGUUGUCGGCCGCGACGGUGUUGGACCGGAGGGACGAGGAAGAAGACUCAAAGGAGGAAAACUCGGAAGAGGAAGAGCCGGACCUAGAGUUCCCCGAUGGCGGCCCCGCAGCCGGGACGUUGGAGGAGGAGGAGGAGGAUGAAGAUGAAGAUGAAGCCCCAGAAGAGGUGACGUUCGCCAGCGCCCAGGCGGAGGCGAAGGAAGACGAGCGGCGUCUGCGGGACACGCUGCGAAGGGACAAGGCGCUCCUGAAGGAGAAGCGGAAGCGGCGGGAGGAGCUGUUCACGGAGCAGAAGAAAAGAAAACUGCUUCCUGCCACUCUUCUAGAGGAGUUGACUGCAGCUCCCCAGACUAAAAUAACCAAAUCAUUACCAAGACUGGAAAAAGGUAAUACAGAAAGUGAGAACAAUGGGAAAAAAGAAAAAACGACAUCUACAAGAGUAAAGAAGAGGUACGUGGCCUGUAGAUUAAAGGACCAAGAUCUGCUAGAUUUAAGGCAGCAAGCAGCCAAAGGCUUCAUACAGAAGUAUUUAUAUGGUCGAGGGAGCAACAGAACUACUGUAAACAAAUUUCUUUCCCUUGACAACAAGAGAUUGCCAGUUAAAAAACCUGCAGUCCAGUUUCUGAAUAAUAAUUGGGGAACAGAGAGAAAACAAAGUGCCAAGAAGUUCAAAAAACAGUGGAUGCAUAAAAAGAAGCUAGCUUCCAGAAGACCAAGUAUUACAUAAGUUCCAUUAAAAAAAAUAACACAAAAUUUAUUAAAACUGUUUUGUUUUUUA